AUGGACUUCGACGAGUACGAGUACCUGGAGAAGACGGUGGAAGCGUCCGGGGCGCCGGCCAACGGCGCCGCGGCCCCCGAGUCGGGGGAGAAGGAGAAGAACAAGGAGCGCAGCUCCCACCGCCGCUCUUCGGGCGGCGACGAAGAGCGCGACGACGCCGAGCGCAGAUCCAAGCGUUCUCGCUCCGAGGAAGGCCGCGACCGCGAUAGGGAGCGGCACCGGGAGCGGGACCGCGACCGCGGCCGGCACCGCAGCAGCCGGGAGAGGCGGGACCGGGACCGUGAUGACAAGGAGAAAGAGCGGGAGAGGGAUAAGGACAAGGAGAGGAGGAGCCGCGACCGCGAAAGAGAGAAGGAGAAAGAGAGGGAGAGGGAGAGGGAGAGGGAGAGGGAGAGGCAGCGGAGGAGCCGGAGCCGGUCGGAGCGGCGACGUGAUGUGGAAGAGCUGGAUCGCUACCGGGACCGCGAUGUCAGGCAUAGGAAAGAGGAGGCUGCAGAACCUGAAGUUGAUCCUGAAAGAGAUCAGAGGACUGUGUUUGCUUACCAGUUAUCUUUGAAAGCAGAUGAAAGAGACGUUUAUGAGUUAUUUUCUAGGGCUGGAAAGGUCCGCGAUGUUCGCCUCAUUAUGGAUCGAAACUCACGACGUUCUAAAGGAGUUGGGUACAUUGAAUUCUAUGAUGCUAUGUCUGUUCCAAUGGCGAUAGCUCUUUCUGGUCAGCUGCUUCUUGGUCAGCCAGUGAUGGUCAAGCCUUCAGAGGCUGAAAAGAACUUAGUUCAGUCAACUGCUUCUUCAAGUGGAGCUGCUUCAGGUGGAGCAAGGAAGUUGUAUGUUGGGAAUCUUCACUCCAACAUCAAUGAGGACCAAUUGCGACAGGUCUUCGAACCAUUCGGACAAGUGGAGCUUGUCCAGCUGCCACUAGAUCCACUCACUGGGCUAUGCAAAGGAUUUGGUUUUGUUCAGUUUGCACGCCUUGAAGACGCAAAAGCAGCUCAGAGUUUAAAUGGGCAACUUGACAUUGCAGGAAGAGUAAUUAAGGUUUCAGCUGUGACAGACCAAGCGGGUGUGCAAGUUAGUGGAGCAACUACCGGAGAUUUGGACGAUGAUGAAGGUGGAGGCUUGGCACUGAAUGCUAGUUCCAGAGCUCUUCUAAUGCAGAAAUUGGACCGUAGUGGCAUUACAACCAGUUUGACUGGUGGGAUGGGCACUACUGGUUUGAAUACUCCGGUGGGAAUACCAGCUGUAUCCAUCCUUGGUGCUGCUCCAGCUGCAGCUCCUGUUCUGCGCCCUACAGUGCCUGGUUUUGGUUCAAUUCCUGGGGCAACAUUUCCCAUUACUACCCCAUCUAUUGAAUUGGCACCACCUAGUGAAUGCCUAUUGCUCAAGAAUAUGUUUGAUCCAGCUUUGGAGACGGAUCCUGAUUUUGAUUUGGAUAUUAGGGAUGAUGUUCAAGAGGAGUGUUCCAAGUUUGGCCAAUUAAGACACAUUUUUGUAGACAAAAAUACUGCGGGUUUUGUGUACCUUCGGUUUGAUAGUAUAACAGCUGCUAUGAGUGCACAGAAAGCACUUCAUGGAAGAUGGUUUGCGGGGAAGAUGAUUACAGCAGCUUUUAUGACACCCCAGCAGUAUGAGAUGAAGUUCCCGAGCUAGUGGUCAGACGCUUGGUUAACCUGGAGAUAGUUGCUAGGUCUCAUGUAUGGACAUAUCUACCUUUUAGCAUCCGAGCAUAGCCAUGUUAACUAUUAGUGGAGGAAAAUGAUUUAGUGACUUUGUCGUGUACCGUUAUGUCAUCAAGCAGUAACAUGGAUCGUGUAGCGUUAGUGCUGCAAUUUUGUUUA